UUCAUUUUUAACAGACUGCAUCAAAGGUGUCAACAUAUUUUGGUGUGAACAUACUAGCUACAACAAGCUGAUCCAAUUUAAGCGAGUGGUAACAGAAAACAACACAACAUGUAUGGGAACGUUGGCAAAAUUCUUCAUCUCUUAUUUUUUUUACUUUCAAAUGUGGCUUCAAAAGGUUCUCAUUCUAUGACGUUGCUUGCAACAUACAUUGAAGGACAAACUCCAUUUCCUAAAUUUAGUUAUGUAUGGAUGUUGGAUGACAUCAGGGUUAUGUAUUAUGAUGGUGAUACAAAGACUCGCUUUCCAAGAGGAAACACAACAGCUGAGGAUGAUGUGUUUAGUUUAGAUGUUUUUCGCUACAUAAAUGAUUUAAUAAACAAAGCUUUUGUUGAAAGAUUGGAAAUACCAACAAAAAAUGUCAAUAAAACUGAAGGUAUCCUUGUACUUCAGAGGUUGGUUGUUUGUGAGCUUAGAGAUGAUGGUGAACCAGGAAAAAUGAUCACACGAGAUGCUUUCAGAGGAUCUACCACAGAUGAAUUGCAAUAUGUUGACAACAACUUUACAUAUCAGGGUUCUUUAAAUGUCUCGGAAAAAUUGCUACAACACCAUCUUGCAGACAGCAAGUGGAAUCAUGAAAGUUUAUACCAACCCAAUUGCAUCAAAACACUCAAGCGUUACCUUGAAAAACGGAGGAAUCAAGUCAACAGAAAAGUGAAACCACGAGUCAGACUAAUCCAGAAAGCAAACCCAGAUUCUAGGGGCAUUUUUGUGACUUGUUUGGCGACAGGAUUUUACCCUCGUCACAUCAACUUGACCCUGUUGAGAGAUCAACAGCCUGUAUCUGAUCAUGAGGUCACUGGAGGAGUUCUGCUGCCCAAUGAAGACGGGACGUACCAGAUGAGGAAGAGUCUGGAGAUCAGAGAAGAGGAGAGAGAAAAACACAAAUACACCUGCUCUGCCACACACCUCAGUCUGGACAACAGCAUGACAGUGAAUCUAGAGUUUGAUCAUAGUCAAUCAAUAAAAUUAGUGAUUUCAUCAGUUGAAAUAGUUUUGGGUUUGGUAUUUGUGUUUGGAGUUGCUGGAUAUAUAUUGAGAACAUGGAAGAAGAAGAAUAGAAGUGCAAAAUCUGAUGAUUUAAAUGACAAACAUCCCCUUUCUUCCAAAUCAAGUGCAUGCUUGAUAGGAUCUGCAUCUGAAGAAAGCGAGGUGAUUACACAAUGCUAUUGAUACAACAUUUCAAUCCUUGAACAAUUCUAAGACUUAAAGUGUCAUAAGUAUCAUGAAUGAUUGAUUUCCACACAUGCUUUGUAUUUCUUGACCUAAAAGCGGAGGAAAUGUACAGUAUAUAGGCUUAAUUAAAACAUUUAUACCACAUUUUGUAUUAGGUUGGAAGGGAGGGCUGAUGUAAUAUUUCUGUAUAUAUAAUAUCCUCGGUUAUCGUACUUUUUAUGGUCAUUUGAAAUUCCUCUUGCUCAUGUUGUUAUUGUGCUGAAGGUGAGAUUAUAAAAAGGAGACAAUGAUUUCUUGAUGAUAAAUGAUAACAAUCUUAAUUAGUUUGUUUUAUUAUAAUACCUUUGAUAUUAAAAAAACUGAAACCUGAAAAGUAUUCUGUGGUGAAUUAAACCUAACCCUAAUCCUAUGGUUAAAUCUUUUGACAUCUCAGACACCACAUAACAAACCACAUUCCACUCUAAGAAAUCUAGUCACCGUAUAUGUAUUAGGGUACUUUAGGCACCUUAAAAUCUAUAUUGAGUUCACAUCAUGAACAUUUAUAUAACCAUCAGUUGUCACACAAACAGUCCAUUAUAUUGAUCUCUAAUACUCAAUUUGAUUAUCCACGCUUUAAAGACCUUGAUUUACUUAAACUAAAAUCAAUAAUCUGGUGUGUUUUUUUUAUUUUGAACCAAUUGAGGUCAAACUAAGUGUUUUUGGAGUUAGGUUUAGGAGUUUGAAGCAGCUUGAUGAUGCGAAUUUCGCAGAUGAGUUCAAUGAACCAUUCACCUAACACUAGAUCAAGGCAAUUAUGAAAAGUAUUAUUCUGGGGCUCCACUUUCUCUUACAGCCCACUUCUCUACUAAUGAUCAGCUGUCUGAAGAGUUUUCUUUUCUGUAAGCACACUACUUUACCAGUAUUUUGAGAUGGGUAUUUUAAUACAUAUUUUAAUACAUUUGAUGAGUGUUGUGUAUAAUUGUGUGUCUGAGUUGGUUGUUGGCCAGUGUCAGUAAUGGUUAAAGAUUUCAGACAAACGUAAAAGGGAAAAUAAAGGCAUUUUUAUGGUCCAAAGAUUGCUUAGCAUCAUUAUUUUUUUUAUAGAUAUUUUAUAUGUCUAGCUAAACAUUAAACUUGGCCACUCUGGCUUUAGAAAGUGGAGACUUGGAGGACAAAAGGUAAAAAAUAUAUAUUUUUUUUACACCAGUAGGUUAUAUUUCACGUGGUUGACUUUCACAGAACGUGUGACACCAGGACUCGCGCACUUUUGUCGCAUAUAUCUGGCGCCAUCUUGUGUGUCAUUCAUCAAUUACAAUGUAUUUUUCUGCUAAACUCCAAAGAAAUGAAAAGAAGGUAGUUGUGCGUUUAUUUUUUGAACCUAAUAAAGAGGAAAGAUUUUUUUUGUUUCCGUAUGUCAUACAUUAAUUCAACAUAUUUCAUUUUCAUGAGUUCAAUGAACCAUUCACCUAACACUAGACCAAGGCAAUUAUGAAAAGUAUUAUUCUGGGGCUCCACCGUCUCUGGUUCAGUUUCUCUGAGAAGAUUUGCUUCAUUAACUUAAUUCUAAUUGAAAGCAAACACAUAUAAUCUGGAUAACUGAGUACAGCAACUUAGUUUACAAUGUACUAUAUAGGCAUCAUAAAAGAGAAUUUAUUUUUGUAAACACUGCUACAACUGUUUUAAAAAUAGUUAUCUGCAUGAUAAAUGUACUGAGUGGUUAAAUUUAAAUGAUGUAAAAUAAAGACAUGUUGUGUGUUGCAUUGUGGUGUAGUGGUGUUUUCUGCAAGAGACUAAAGAACUUUUAUUCAUUCAAUUUCCGUCGGCUUAGUCCCUUUAUUUAUCAAGAGUCGCCACAGUGGAGUGAACCGUCAACUUAUCCAGCCCAUGUUUUACACAGUGGAUGCCCUUCCAGCUGCAACCCAGUACUGGGAAACACCCAUACACAGACUACAGCCAAUUUAGUUUAUUCAAGUCACCUAUAGCGCAUGUCUUUGGACUGUGGGUGAAACCGGAGCACCCGGUGGAAACCCAUGCCAACACGGGAAGAACAUGCAAACUCCACACAGAAAUGCCAACUGGCCCAGCUGGGACUCAAACCAGCAACCUUCUUGCAGUGAGGUGACAGUGCUAACCAUUGAGCCACAUACACAUAAUACACUCAUCUAGGUCUACACAUGUACUCAGUGGACCUAGUAAUGUCACUGUGAGGGGCGGGGUUUGGUAUUAGAUAGACAUUGGACAGCAUUGUGGCAGCAGUGGAGUCAUUCUGGUUCCUGGGCACCACCAUCUCUCUGGACCUGAAGUGGGACACUCACAUUGACUCCAUUGUCAAAAAAGCUCAACAGAGGCUGUACUUUAUUCGUCAGCUGAGGAAGAUUAACCUCCCAAAGGAGCUGCUGAAACAGUUCUACACCUCAAUUGAAUCAGUCAUCUGCACAUCAGUAACUGUCUGGUUUAGCUCAGCUACUAAAUCCGAUCUCCAAAGACUACGUCGAAUAGUUCGGACUGCUGAGCGAAUCACUGGUACAACCCUUCCUACUCCCCAAGAACUGUACUUAUCCAGAGCGAGCAGAAGGGCUGCCAAAAUCACUCUGGACCCCUCACACCCAGCACACUGCCUCUUUGAACUGUUACCUUCUGGUCGACGCUACAGAGCACUGCGCACCAGAACAGCCCGACACAGAAACAGUUUCUUCCCUCAGGCAAUCCAUCUCAUGAACACUUGAUGAUAAUAAUUGUGGAACAAACAUCACUACUUGCUAUACACUUUUAUACACAUAUGCACUUAUUUAACAACACACUUUACAUGCCAAUUUGCACAUAACAGCUGCACAUAUAACGUUGUAUAUAGUAAUAAACAUGUACAUACACUUGUCAAUCUGUAUAU